UGCGCGUGCGCACGGCCCCGUUUUUACAAGAAAAAAAGAAAAAGAGAAAAGGAGAGAGAGAGAGAGAGAGAGAGACGUCGAGAUUGGAUCUGAUCUGAGUUUACUGAAGAAAAGCAGGCCGCGGGUCAGAACCGGACGGCGCGCGCGGAGCAGAUUUCCCGUCUUCUCUGCGGGUGUUCCAUUUGUCUCCUUGGUGUUCCUGUGUGUCCCGGAUGUGGACAUGGCUUUGAGGUCGUUGUGGUGUGAGUCAGCGGCGGUUUCACUCGGACACAGAGCGAGUGUGUGAAAGCGCUUCCUCGGUCUGUUUCACUGGAGUAUAGAGACGCUGUGAAAAUGCAGAAGAGACGGAGAGCAUCUUCAUCCUGCAUCGCUGUGUUCCUCUGCUCCGUCCUUCUCUCACUCGUCCUGCCCAGGUGUGUGUCCUGCGCAGGUACGGACAAAAGUGACAAAACGGUGGUUAACAAAGAGGAAUAUUACAGCGCUACGAUUAACGCCACCGUGCAGGACGGCAGGGGCGGCACCAAGCGCGUGAUAUCGAAGGAGGACGGCAGGUACGGACAGAACUCACCCAAAACGGAGGUGCGAGGGAUCAUAAUUACACCCGCUGCUGUCAAUGGAGUGGUGGACAUGCAGGGCUGCUGUCCGUACACCCGUUUCAUCAUUCCCCCGAGGACGACGCACUGGAUCGCUCUGCUCCAGAGAGGGAAGUGCAUGUUUAAGGAGAAGAUCCUGAAGGCCGCCGCCUUUAACGCCUCCGCUGUGCUCAUCUACAACAACAACUCCAAGGAGGACACGGUCACCAUGGCACAUGAAGGCACCGGGGACACAGUGGCGGUGAUGAUCACAGAGUCGUUGGGGAAGGACCUGUUGUCUUUCUUGGAGAAGAACGAGACGGUGUGGAUCUCAGUGUCGGUCGGUUCUCGAGGUCCGGUGAAGAACCUGAACCGCGGCUCGCUGGUGUUCGUCUCCAUCUCCUUCAUCGUCCUGAUGAUCAUCUCCUCCGCCUGGCUCAUCUUCUACUUCAUCCAGAAGAUCAGAGACACGAACGCACGAGAUCGGAGUCAGCGUCGACUCGGAGACGCUGCGAAGAAAGCGAUCAGUAAACUGACGACUCGGACGGUGAAGCGAGGAGACAAGGAAACAGAACCAGAUUUUAAUCACUGUGCCGUGUGUAUCGAAGGCUACCAGCUAAACGAUGUGGUCCGCAUCCUACCCUGCAAACAUGUGUUCCAUAAGAUGUGUGUGGAUCCGUGGCUGAACGAACACUGCACCUGUCCCAUGUGUAAACUUAACAUCCUCAAAGCUCUGGGCAUCAUGCCCAACCUGCAGUGUGUGGAUAACGUGGCGUUUGAUAUGGAGCGGAUGACGCGCACUCACUCCUCCAGCCAGCGGGUGGCGCUGAUGGAUGUGACGUCUGAGACGAGCAUCAGUGUGGAGCCGCUCACGCGCUCCGGUUCAUCCCAGCUACUGUCUGAGUCCGAGCUCACACACACUCACACACACCGCACCGGGGAGAUCAACAUCGCCGUCACCAGUGGCCAUUUUUUCGGCCGGACCUCGGGAUCUCCGCGCAGCGUGGUGUGUGAAAUGGAGCUGCCGGAUAUUCAGACGUCUCUGGACAUGUACGAUGAGAACAAAUCCUGAGGACACGCUCCCGGUUGACCUUUGACCCCUGUAUCCCAUUCCCCUAACCCCUGAGUAAGGGGACAGAGGUGUUUUCCGGUGACAGUGGAAGUGCUGAAACUCAGACGCUUGCGGACCUGCAGGACUCUCGGUUUACAGAGAGUCGCUUUAAUUUGUCUGUUGUGACUGAACUCACUUUGAGUGUGUUCUCUCAAAACCGUCUUUUGACUCCAUGAUGAGAUUCGGGUGGACAAUCCUGACUGAUGGAUGACCUCUGACCCUUUGAGGAACAAUUUACUGGCUGAUUUAAGGCUCACGUCAUGUCCCAAAUGCUAGGGUUUGGUAGAAGUCUUCUCAUUACACCGCUAGCUAGGAGAACAGUGUAAUUGGCCAAUAUUCUGCUAGCUAAUUCAGGACUAGCAUACAGUAUGUAACAGAUUCGACUGCUAGCCAUGUUCCAGGUAACGUAACGUUAACACCAAACACAGUGACAAUAUGUGUGUAAUAGCUGUAAUGUUGUGCUGAUCGUCGAGGGCGUUAGCUUCACCAAAUUCUGUGCACAAUAUUCUAAAAUGUGUUAUCUGAUAAUCUGUGUCUAAAUUUAUAUUUACACUGAAUACUUUAUUAGAAACUGGGACACUCAGUUAUCGUUUAGCUAACUUUAGCGAAUUGAUCUGCAACACUUACAAACCAGAUGAAAUUACAGUCCGUUCAGUUCAGCACUAAUCAGUUUAUUUUAAUUAACUUUUGUCAUCACACACACUAAUGGGUGAGGAUUAUAUAUAUAUCCACGGUAUAUUUAAUAAUAUGUUCAAACAUUUUGGCCAAAUUCUGAUUUUUCCAUUUAAAACAGCAACUUAUUAUAAAACUGAUUUGGGGCGGAGCUAUGUGACCAAAUGAUCUAACGAAAUGACCUCAACGUCUUUUGGACCAAUUAUGUCUGAUAAACCCAUUAUGGUCACCAAUUUAGUUUCACUUAGCUAGAUAUUACGCAUUUAAUUAUUGCAAAGCUAGAAUGAUUGUUCUUCUUAAAUUGGAAAGUUAAAUAAAUCUACACAGAAUUCAUAUUUUUUUAAUCACUUACAGGCUUACAGGCCUGCUGAUAAUUUUAACUCUCUAUCCGCCCUCAAAUCAGAUUCACAUAGAAGUGCAAAGAGAAAGUUUCUGGAAUUUACUGAAAUAGAAAAAACAUGUCAAUAUGUCAUGUAAUAAAAUAUUAUGACGUUCCAAACGAUUCUAAAGACGAUAACAUGAGUGUUACUGAACAGAUGCAGGUUGUCGUGGUAACCUGAGCUAGCUAGCAGUUAAAUGUCUAACGUUCCAGCAUGAACACCAAGAAGAGACACUGAACGUUAGCGUUUGGGACGGAGCCGAAUCGCCUGAACCUCUUCUUCUUUAUGAGCUUGAUGUAGCUUCAGACCACACCAACUCCAGUUGAAUCAGCGUUACUUCCGUCUAUAAACAGUAUUUAAACCAGUAACUAACAACAACACGCCUGGUACGCAUCAGUACUAACAAUCUAUAUAUAAUAUAUACACAGUAUAUAGGAAUAUAUCCACUAUUUGCAUAUAAACACGUCCAUUUAUGAUUAUAUAUCUCUCUCAGUGAACUUGUAGCACCGUGUGUGUGUGUGUGUGUGUGUGUGUGUGAGAGAGAGAGAAAGAGAGAGAGAGAGAGUUCAUCUGCUGUCUUUUUUAUUAUUAUUGAAAGCCUUUUGCAUCCUGGGUGAUUUUAUUAUAUUUAUUUCAGAUUUGAGGAAAUGAACAUGUCAGAUGAGUGUGAUUAAUGGUUUUGUGAUGAUGAUGAUGAUGAUGAUGAUCCUUCCGUGUUACUUUC